AUGGGUAAAGAUAAAGGAAAGAAUACAAAAGCAAAAGGAGCAAAUAGUUGGGAAGCAGCAUCAAAUAGUGGAGGAUUUCUAGGCUUUUCAGCGUUUACUUCAAGUCUUAGUAAUGCUAUAGAUACAGAGUUUCAAAUAGAUUCAGAAUAUCAAGUACAAUUUAAGAAAUUACAAAAAAAAGAUGAAGUUAGUAGAAUGAAAGCAUUGGAAGAAUUGGCAUUACUUUUUUCAAAGAUUGAUGUACAGAAUGAACAAUCAAACAAGUCAUUGCUUUGUGCAUGGGAGUUGAUAUUCAAGAGAUUGGUAAACGAUGAUCAUAGAAGAGUGAGAGAGAUGACGUUUGUGUGUCUCGAGAUUAUGGGUGCCAAGGUUGGCAAGUUGUUGGCACCACAUGUACGUCAACUUUUGGGUCCUUGGGUGGUUGGUAUUUGCGAUCAACGUGAUCAACAACAAAAUAGUGCCCUUCGUGCAUUUGAAUCAAUCUUUCCAGAGAAAAAGAGACGAGACGUAUUACUCUUUGGUCAAGAACAAGCCAUUCAAUAUCUAUGCGAGAAUUUACAAGAAAAUGUCAAUACUCUUGGUGAUGGAAAGGCUACUCCACCAGAAGUACUUCAAGAACGUUAUGAAAGAUUAAUUUCAAAUAGUUUAUUGGCUAUUGAAUAUUUAAUGGAAAAAACAAAAGAUAAUAGUAAUAAUGAAUCAAGCAAUAAUCAGUCAAUUCAAACAAUUUAUCAACCAAUAUUUGAAUCACAAUUUUUUACAUUUCUUUCAUCAAAGAGUGUUGUCAUUAGAAGAACAUGUUAUCGUUUAAUCAGUGGUCUCGUUUCAACUCUUCCUUCCUAUUGUGAAGCCAAUAUGAAGGAUUUAUCAACUAAAAUCCUUGGUUUAUUUUCUGAAAAGGAUCCUUCUGCUCAUUUAUUCAUGUGGAAUGCUAUCAUUUCUUUUUUAAAAAAAUAUAAAGAACAAGCAUGGAUAGGAGUUGAUGUUAGAAAACAUGUUUUACCAAGAUUUUGGGCAUUUUUAAGAGCAGGAACUUUUGGUAGUUUUGAUCUUUCUUAUCCAUCGAUUUUACCAUUUUUAUCAUUGAUUCCAGAUGGUGUUAUUGGUACUGGACCAGAAUUCUUUAAAGAAUUCUUUUCUGCUUUGUACAAGGGUUUGGAAGUUUUGGAAAAUACUAAACAAUAUAAUGAUCGUCCAACAAAUUCUUUAUUAUCUUGUUAUGUUGAAUGUAUUUAUUUUACUUUAAAAAAAUGGUCAAAUAAUAAUGAAAUUAAAAAUUAUGUAUUUGGAUUAUUCUCUGAAUUGGUAUUGGAGAUUUUUGGAAAGGAACAAUUAUUAUUUACAGAAUCUUUAGCUUUAAAGGUGAUCACUUCAACUUUGAUUAAAAUUGAUACCAUUCCAACUUGCGCCGAUAAUUUGGUCAAUCUAUUUGAUCAAUUAACCAAACAAACUCAACAAUCUAUCAUCUCUAAAGACACUACUGAUCGUAUUACAAACAAAACACUGUGCUCUAGAUUAUCAAUAUUUUUCCAAUCUACUAGUUCACUUGGACCAACCAUUCAAAUGUCUAAAGAAUUAUUCCAUUAUUCUUUUAAUCAACUCGACACUACCGAAUCUCAAGAUUGUAUUUUUGAAAUUCUUUCCAUUUUAUUAUUAAAUUUUAAUGUUGAAAAUUUAUUACAUUCUGAAAUUAAAGAUAUUAAAGAAUUUUUAAAUAAUAUAAUAUUAAAAAAUAUUGAAAUUAAAUUACCAAGUCAUGAGAAGUCUAGUAUAUUUAAUUUAUUAACAUUAUAUACAACCAUUGUAAAUGGAAAUGGAAAUGAAAAUUAUCAAGAAUCUUGGAAUAGAUUGGUACAAUUACUUUCAGUGCAACAAGAUGAUUUAAUUUAUCUUGUCAAAACAAUUGACUCACUUGAUGAUCGUACCGGUUUAAAUACUUUAUCACUUGAUCAAUUAGUUUUAAAUUUAAUUGAUUCAACUAUUUUAUAUCAACCAAUUUAUAAUAACAAUCUUUCACUCUUUUCAACUAUUUUACAAAAAAUAAUAAUUAUUCACCAAUUAUUUCAAAUAAUAUAA